CGGGCUCAUAGGCCUCAAAGUCGCCGAAGUGUCGCCGAAGUGUGCUAGGUCUGACAUGCCUCCGAAAAAGAAGCGCAAAGUAGAGUCGAGCAAACCCACCAAGGAAACCAAACAAGAGAAUCAAAGUGCUAAUAGAAGCAAGACCCAGAAGCAGGAUGCAAAACAAGCAGUGCAAUACACAAGAUGGCUUAUGAAAUCAGAACCAGAAAGCAGAAUUGAGAAAGGAGUGGAUGUGAAGUUUGGUAUUGAGGACUUAAAGAAUGAACCAGACCAAACAACUUGCUGGGAUGGUGUUAGAAAUUACCAGGCACGGAACUUCAUGCGUGAUCAGAUGAAGAAUGGUCAACUUGCUUUCUUUUAUCAUAGUAACUGCAAACCUCCUGGUAUAGCUGGGAUUGUAGAGAUUGUAAAAGAGAGCUAUGUGGACUAUACACAGUUUGACAAGGCAGAUCCUCAUUAUGACCCGGGUGCCAAAAAAGACAAUCCUAAGUGGUUUAUGGUGGAUGUCAAGUUUGUCCGUAUGAUGAAACGUUUUAUUUCCCUGCAGGAAUUGAAGACCCUUCAUCAAAACCACAAAUCUUCAGGUGGGCCACUAAAAUCACUUUCACUGUUUACAUCUGCACGACUGUCAGUUCAGCCAGUUACUGAAGAGGAAUUUGAAUUCAUUUGCAGCUUGGAGGACAAACCAGAAGGUGAUACUAGCUAAAUUCAGUGGAAUUAUUUCUCCGACGUGAACCUCUCAAGAUUUGGCUCUAAUAUGGAGUAAUAUGGAGUAGUAGUACACACACAUCGUGGAUUUGCUUUAAAUCGAGCUUUCAUAUUCUUCAGGACACGUGCAAGGAGAUUGUUUGGCUUUUUAAAGAAAACCUAGGUAGUAAUAUAUCAAUUAUGCAUGAGCAUCGAAUUUGACUUCAUGCCGAGUAACUUAAUCAUAGGCGAAAAGCUGCAAUCUAAAACAGCUGCGAAAUGAUGUUUUCGGAAAACGAUGGAACUCGAGCUAGUUGAAGUUAGCAUAUAUCGGCCAUCACGGAGCCUGCAUUAAGAAUUUUAACAUAGUGUGGUCAAACAAGUUUUAAAUACACGAAGUUUUUGAAAAACGGAUUAGCGUUGCAGUUAAAUACGUUCAUGUUUAGCAAGAGUCAUAUGUUAUGCCGCAGUGAAAACGGGUUUCUGUUCCCGGUUGAAUCUCAUAUGGCGGGAACACUAACUAUGUUGAGUUCGUUAACGUUCCCGACAUUUUUUUAUAGUAUAUCCGUGUAAAUGUCCAUCAACUUUGAUCGCAGGCAUUUGUGAAUGGUUAGUUUGAUGGCGUAGUUACUUAAAGUAACUUUGAAAUUUCUUCAGCUAUUACAAUUAAUGGCGAUAUCUUAGUGUAAGAGCGGUAUAACUACGUAUAAAUGUUUAUUUUUGUCUCUUCGCAUGU